UCGAUUAUUUUUUCCUCUUUUUUUCUUGAUCGAUUCAUCACCAUGCAAACCUAAAAUCAAUCGUUUGACUCAACGAUCUUGGCUUCUUCUUUUUCGUUCCCCGUUCGAUCACGUUCGCGCGCGGUGUUGGCUCCGCUUUCGGGUUCGCAUGGCAUCCAGAGCAUCGGGCGCGGUGCUGUCGAGGGCCGGCAGGAUCCGGUCCAAGCUCCAAUCCUCGCUCGAGGCGAGCGCCUUGGAGAUCGAGGACGUCUCGCACCAGCACGCCGGGCACGCCGCCGUCCGGGAGAGCGGCGCCGCGGAGACCCACUUCAACGUCAAGAUCGUGUCCCCCAAGUUCGAGGGGAAGAGCCUCGUGAGCCGCCACCGCUUGGUCUACGACGCCCUCGCCGACGAGCUCCGGUCCGGGCUCCACGCGCUCUCCAUCGUGGCCAAGACCCCACAGGAAGUUGCCCCCAAGUAAAAUUAUUAGGUACCGAUCCUCACUGUCUGUGAUGGGUGCUGGGCUUGUAUUCUUGAAUUGUUGGAGGCUCGGAGCACGUUACCUGUUUGACGAAUUGCCUGAACGGGAUGUAACUUGCAAACCCUCUUUGAAUGGUAUGGCACUGUGAUUUAUAGGUUGAAUUUUAUGUUCUUGGCUGCCGGGACUUGUCUUUCAAGUCAAAUGCAUGGGUAAGCACUGUA